AAAGUUUGUUUUCGUUCACUAACGUCAUGUCCUGAGGGAAUGUGAUGGUUUGUGGACAGGUAAAUCAGCCGGCUACCCUAAACAUAUAUUCGAUAAUGAAGUGAAGCAUGGUUCAAUCUACGAGGUGACAGAUGACAAAUUCAGAAGCUAACGCGUGCAGUGUUUUUGAAUUGUUUUGUCAGUAUGUAUCUCCGACUCAGACUCCUAGUCCUCGACUGAUUGGGGACAUCCAUGUUGUGAAAACAAAAUCAAUGACCAAAUUCACAAUGGGACCGGACACAUGAUCUCACGGCGUUUCCACGUAUGUAAUAACUACACAUUCGCUAAAACAAAAUGUCGAUUUCUGAUGAGUUGGUUAUGUUGAAUAAGCUGGUCGAUAAUGGUAAUGAAGAAGACAUUUUAGAUCAUAUUCGGACAAAUAACAUCACACCAGAACUCGCUGUCGAUCUGUCAUCAGUGAUGGCUACAAUUUCAUGGGCAGCCGUUCUGGGACGUGUGAACAUACUAAAUACGCUUCUCUCCCUUGGAUUUACUCCACACCCAGACCGACACCCAAUUCAUUAUGGAUCAGAACAAGGUCAACUGGCUGUGGUGACAUCUUUGGUGGAAGAUCACAACACAGACGUGAUGUGUGUAGACAAAGUCAAUGACUCUCCAAUGUUCCUAGCCUCACGUAAAGGCCAAUUGGAAAUUGUCAAAUAUCUUGUUGAAAGAGGAGCAGACGUCAACUUUGGAGGUCGAAUACCACCGCUUGUCAUUGCUGUUGUUCGCCAUCAACUCCAUAUCUGUGACUACUUAAUCAAGCAUGGAGCUGAUGUGAACAUUGAAGACAGAUAUGGACGCUCACCUCUCCGUGCUGCUGCUCGAAAAGGUUAUGUAGACAUUGCCCACACCCUUGUGGAAGCAGGAGCAUCGAUAAAUGUAAAAUGUACAGAUCAACAGUCUCCAUUUAUGGCAGGAAGUCAGUUCGGUCAUUUGUCAGUGAUGAAAUUUCUCGAGUCCCAUGGUGCAAAUGUCAAUGCGAUUGAUAAGAAAAGAGACACAGCGUUACAUCUGGCUGUUCGGGAAGGUCAUUAUGAAAUCGUGAGAUAUCUCCUUGUUGAUCUGUGCGUUGUAUGUACAAUUAACUCGGAUUGUGAAUCCCCUUUCUCCAUUGCGCUAGACAAUACAGAUUAUGACAUUUUGCUUCUGUUUCACAAAGCUGGGAGAUGGCCAUCAAAUAUGCUGUGUGAUUUCCCACCUGAUACAACAGAGAUGUUGAUGCCUAUUAUAGACGCUGUGACAAAACCAUAUUUGCUUCAAGAAUUGGCCUGUUUCAGACUUCGAAGUAUGCUAGGACCAAAGUUGACAUCUACAGUUAAUCAUCUGCCAGUACCAGGGGCAAUCAAGAACUUCAUCCGGCUCAGUCACAUUCCAUCUUGUAGACCAUGAAAGGAUUUGGAAAUCACAAACUAUUGCUGUGCACUUUACGUUUGACAUGUCAUUAUGUAACUGAAAUAUGUUCACCAGUAGCAUUAAAUCAUCUCAACAAUGAGAAUAUUGUACUUGGAUAUGCUUUAUCGGGUGAAUGAGGGAUGAUAUCUUUAAGACUUGUCCAUUUCCAGUUUAAAUCCAUUGUCUUCAAAAUUGAUACUGGUCUGAGACUUCUUACUAGUGCUGAGGACAAGGAAAAGUCCAAUGAUUGUAGUCCUUGAUGACAGCAUUUGAGGUCUGUGGUCUGAACCAGGUCUCAGUGCUUCAGUUUUGCUGGAAAAUGGAACUGAAUAAACCUGACAGAAAGGGUAAACAUAGUCAUGAUAGUGAACGUUUCUGUCUUGUUCAAACAGGACCAGCUACAAAGGAGGACUAACUGAAUACAGUUCACAAUAAGCCUCUGGCAUUUCUAAGACUAGUCUAGAAGUAACAAUUAGUGUAUUAUUACAGAAUUAUACUGAGACUGACCAUUGGGAUAUUGUCUUCAUCUAUUGAGGAAGUUGUCCAAUGCUAGACACAGGAUUUGCAUCAUAAUUAAGAAAUAAAGUUUGCUGUAUCCCUAUUUGUAGGGUAAUAAAAUAUAGUUUAGCCCUGAAUUGUUAUUGUUAAAGCACAAUGAUGCGUGCUCCUGAGUUCUUCAGUGUUUUAGUUCAGGGCAAAACCUAACUUUUCUAUAAUGACAGAGUAGAUUUCCAUUAUGUAUUUUUAUAUUUGAGAAUUUUGUAGAUAACAGUAUCUGUCUAAUAAAAGAAGAAACUGCUGUCCUUU